UCUUAAAACAACUUAAGUGACUAAACCAAUUUAGUUCAACGUCUAUGAUAAAUGUGAAUCUUAAAAUAUUCUCCUUCAACACUAAUUAGGUAACAAUAUCCAAUAUUUUAAGUUUUUUAACAAAAUACAUGACUUAACACCACUCUACAAUGGGGAGGAAAGUGUACGAUUUAGAGACAAGUGAUAAAAACGAGAAAAAAGAUGCCUUAACCCCUGAAUUUGUAAAAUCACCAAGCGAAAAACUCGAAAAAGCACCUCCUGUAGGAUUUUUCAAACUGUUUCGAUAUGCCACGAAAGGGGACACAUUUUUGAUGAUAAUAGCAGUUUUCGCAUCUAUAGGCACUGGAAUUUUGCAACCCUUAAACACACUGUUGUUUGGAGACUUGACAGGAACUAUCGUCGAUUAUGUUUCAAUCAUUAACUCAAAUGAGACAAACGCCGAACAAAAAGAACACGCCACUGAUGUCUUCAUUGAUGGAAUCACAAAUUUUGCAAUUUACAAUAGUUUAAUUGGGGUUGGAAUGCUCAUUCUGAGUUACAUUUCCACAGAAUGUUUCAACUACGCUGCCUUAAAACAAGUUUUCAAACUCCGAACGUUAUUUUUAGAGAAAGUCUUCAAUCAAGACAUUUCAUGGUACGAUGUGAACAACACUGGGGAUUUUUCAAGCCGGAUGUCAGACGACCUCUCGAAAUUUGAAGACGGAAUUGGGGAAAAAGUCCCAAUGUUUAUCCAUUUCCAAGCCACUUUCUUGUCUUCCCUGAUCAUGGCGUUGGUGAAAGGGUGGAAACUCGCCCUUAUCUGUCUCGUCUCCCUCCCCGUGUCCAUGCUUGCAAUCGGGAUUAUCGCUGUGCUCACUUCAAAACUUGCGAAAAAAGAGCAAGAUGCCUACGGGUCAGCUGGUUCAAUCGCCGAAGAAGUCCUAACUUCGAUUCGAACAGUUAUAGCUUUCGGGGGACAACACAAGGAAAUCACUCGCUACGACGAAGAGUUGGAGUUUGCAAAAAAAAAUAAUAUCAAAAGACAGUCCAUGACUGCGACUGGUUUUGGUCUUUUGUGGUUUUUCAUCUAUGGGAGUUACGCCCUUGCGUUUUGGUAUGGUGUUAAACUGGUUCUAGAAGACAGGAACAAGCCAGAUAAAGUCUACGAUCCUGGUACCAUGGUCACUGUGUUUUUUGGUGUCAUGACCGGUACUAUGAAUUUUGGUAUUUCCUCGCCAUACAUAGAAGCGUUUGGUGUUGCAAGAGCAGCGGCGAGUAAAGUGUACCAAAUUAUAGACAAUAUCCCGAAAAUUAAUUUAUCCAAAGGAAAGGGAGACAAAAUUCAGGACCUCAAAGGCAACAUUAAAUUUAAAAAUGUCCGAUUUGUGUACCCCUCCAGAGAAGAUGUUCCUAUUUUGCAAGGUCUAGAUUUGGAUAUCCAAUCCGGGCAAACUGUUGCUCUAGUCGGGAGUUCUGGUUGUGGCAAAUCGACUUGUAUCCAGCUCAUCCAGCGUUUCUACGACCCUCUGGAAGGCGAAGUCAGUUUGGAUGGGAAGAAUUUAAAAGACUUGGAUUUGACUUGGUUGAGGAGCAAUAUUGGUGUAGUGGGCCAAGAACCGGUCCUUUUCGCCACCACAAUCUCCGAGAACAUCCGCUACGGAAACAGCAAAGCAACAGAUGAAGACAUCAGAAACGCCGCUAUCAAAGCCAACGCCCACGAGUUUAUUAAAAAACUUCCCUCAGGAUACGACACUUUGGUUGGGGAAAGAGGGGCACAAUUGUCUGGGGGCCAGAAACAAAGAAUUGCCAUUGCGAGAGCUCUUGUGAGAAAUCCUGCGAUUUUGCUUCUGGAUGAAGCCACUUCGGCGCUAGAUACAAACAGCGAAGCUAAAGUUCAAGCCGCUUUGGAUAAUGCUAGUAAAGGUUGCACGACUGUUAUUGUGGCUCAUCGUUUGUCAACGAUUCGAAAUGCAAAUAAAAUUGUUGUUAUUUCGAAGGGGAAAGUUGUAGAGCAGGGGACUCACAACGAGUUGAUGGAACUCAAAAGUGAAUAUUAUAAUUUAGUAAUGACCCAAGUUAGUGCUGUGGAGAAGUUUGAAGGGGGAAAGGAGGCCGAAAACAGGAAGUUGGUGGAGUUGGAAAGGCAGGUUUCGCUUCUGGAUGACGAAGAGCACGCCAACGCUGAGGAAGAAGUACAAGAAGCCGAAAAAUCCGUAUCGUUGAUGUCAAUUCUAAGAAUGAACAAACCCGAGUGGGUGUCAAUUUCCAUUGGUUGUAUCGCCUCCAUCGUCAUGGGAUGUUCCAUGCCGGCGUUUGCUGUCAUAUUCGGUGAUAUUAUGGGGGUUUUGGCCGAAAAAAACGAAGACGAAGUCACGUCUGAGACCAACCGUUUUUGCAUUUAUUUCGUAAUCGCAGGAGUUGCUUCUGGAAUUGCAACAUUUUUACAAAUAUUUAUGUUUAGUGUCGCUGGUGAAAAACUAACAAUGAGACUUCGUAGUUUGACAUUUAAAGCAAUGUUAAAACAAGAGAUGGGAUGGUAUGACAGAAAAGACAAUGGAGUUGGUGCUCUUACUGCUAGAUUAUCUGGUGAAGCUGCACAUGUCCAAGGAGCCACUGGUCAAAGACUUGGUACAAUUUUACAAUCAAUUGCAACAAUUGGAUUAUCAGUAGGACUUUCCAUGUACUACCAAUGGAAAUUAGGACUUGUAGCAUUGGCCUUUACGCCUUUUAUCCUCCUUACUGUCUUUUUCCAACACAGAUUAAUGAACGUCGAAAAUGAAGCUCAUCACAAGUCCUUGCAAAAAUCCAAUAAAUUGGCAGUUGAAGCAGUCGGUAAUGUGCGCACUGUAGUAUCCCUAGGACUUGAAGAAACUUUCCACAAACUCUACAUCUCAUUUUUAAUGGAACACCACAAAAGGACUUUGAGAAAUACACAUUUUCGUGCUAUUGUGUUAGGUCUAGCUCGAAGUGUGAUGUUCUUUGCCUAUUCUGUUUGUAUGUACUAUGGGGGUCAUCUCAUCAGGGACGAAGGACUACUAUACCAGGAUGUUUUUAAAGUAUCACAGUCACUUAUUAUGGGUACCGUAUCAAUUGCCAAUGCCCUAGCAUUUGCCCCAAAUCUCCAAAAAGGUCUAGUAGCAGCUGCUAGAAUCAUCAGGUUGCUCAACAGAGUUCCUCUUAUCAAAGACGAAGCCGAUGCUAAAGAUAAGGAAUGGGAAAAUGGGGCCAUCCAAUACGACAGCAUAUACUUCUCAUACCCCACCCGUCCAAACAUCGCAGUCCUAAAAGGCCUAAACUUGUCAGUAAUGCAAGGGAAAACUGUAGCCCUAGUUGGGCCAAGUGGUUGCGGAAAAUCAACAAUAAUCCAACUAAUCGAAAGGUUCUAUGACCCACUUGAAGGCACCCUUACAGUCGACAACGAAGACAUAAGAAAUAUCAAAUUAGAAUCGCAUCGUUCCCAUUUGGGGAUAGUCUCACAAGAACCAAAUCUAUUCAAUAGAACCAUCGGCGAAAACAUCGCCUAUGGUGACAAUUUGAGAGACGUAACUCAAGAAGAGAUUAUGGAAGCUGCCAAAAAUGCAAACAUACACAACUUUAUCGCAUCAUUGCCUUUGGGUUAUGAAACUAGUCUUGGUGAAAAGGGAACUCAAUUGUCAGGAGGCCAGAAACAGAGAGUUGCAAUUGCUAGAGCUUUGGUACGAAAUCCGAAAUUGUUGCUUUUGGAUGAGGCUACUAGUGCUUUGGACUCGGAAAGUGAAAAGGUGGUGCAGGAGGCUCUUGAUAAUGCAAAGAAGGGAAGAACUUGUAUAACAAUAGCUCAUAGGUUGACCACUAUUCAAGAUGCUGAUGUUAUUUGUGUCAUAGACAAGGGAGUAGUGGCAGAAAUUGGGACACAUUCUGAGCUCCUAACCCAAAAAGGACUCUACUACAAGUUGCAUUCGCUCCAAAACAAAUAGUAGAAAUUUGAAAUAAUUGACAAGUUAUGUACAAAAUAUUUAUUUAUUGUAAUAAAGUUAUUUUUUUAAUGUG